AUGAACCUUGUGGAAUUCAAUCAGUUUAAGUUGAACUCCGAGCUUCACGUGUCGCGUUUUGAUCUCAUUACUUGGUUGAGUACGGUUCUCGAACUGCUCAACACGGCCACCUUCGGAGAUAGCCUCAAGGACAUUGGGGAAUUUGGAAUUUUCCAGAAGCUCAUCGUUUGCGCACUCGGCGUCCCGAAUAUUAUUUUAGGUUUUGAGUUUGCCUGCGUAUUUUUCAUCCAGUCUGACCCAGAGCGACACCGCAACACGGACUGGAUCCUCGAGGCAGACGCUAACCUGACGUCGGAUGAGCAGCUGAACUUGACCGUUCCCCGGGAGCGCGACGGUUCGUUCAGCAGGUGUCGCAUGUUUGCGCCGGUGGACUGGGACAUCGGAACCAUCAGGGGGGGGGGCGGAAUCAACGAGACCACGGCGUGCCGGAAUGGUUGGGUCUACUCCAGUUCCCUUUAUACUGCCACCAUAGUCACUGAUUUUGAUCUUGUAUGCGAGCGGGCUAAUUUACGGGAAGUGGCACAGACAGUGAUGAUGUCUGGCAUUUUGCUCGGUUGUCUCUUAUUUGGACCUUUUGGUGAAUCCUACGGUCGUAAACGAGCAGUUCCAAUUGCACUGGUCGUAGUCCUCAUUUUGACUGUCACCACAGCAUUGUCCCCCAACUACCCGCUGUAUCUGCUAUCCCAGUUUUUAAUGGGCCUCGGCUGUGGAGGUUUUCGGCGGAAUGGCAUUACUCUGGGAAAAACACUUGCAAAUAGUGGAAUCGGUGCAUCCAAUAGGUCGUGGGGAGCAUGCGCGACUCAAAUAUGUGGCGCAGUUGGACAGGCCAUCCUUGCUGGUCUGAUCUAUGUUGUCAGAGAAUGGAGAGUCGCUCAGCUCAUAACGGCAGCUCUGCUUUUAGCCAUUGCUAUUUCUAUAUGGUUCGUUCCAGAGUCAGCCAGGUGGUUGUUGGACAGAGGGAGGACAGAAGAGGCUAAAGAGUUGCUUUUUAAGGUGGCAGCUAUCAAUAAACGCAGAUUUUCAGACACUCUUCUGGAAAAGGUGCGCUUGACCGCCACAAUUCGAUUAUGCAAUUAUCAUUGCAUUUUAAUACUUAUCCAAUCAUCUGUGCUUCGGAAGUAUUUCUUGGCCAUAUUAUUUACAUGGUUCUCAUUGAACGUUGCAUUAUACUGCAUUUCAUUCAACGUGGGGAAUUUUGGCUCGGACAUAUUCCUGACACAGUUUAUAUUUGGACUGACUGAAAUACCGGCUCAUCUGCUGUGCAUCUGGCAGUUGGAAGCACUGGGGAGAAGAAUAUCUUUCAUCUCAACACUUCUAAUUGGGGGUUCCGUGUGUAUGUUGAUGCUCAUAUUUAAACAAGGAAAUCCUGUUGCUUUUACGGCACUGGCCACCUCUGGACGUUUUGUAAUAAACUGGGCUUCAACCAUAUGUAACGUUUAUGUUCAAGAGUUAUUCCCAACAUCUUGUCGACCAACAGCCUCCGGUUUGGGGUCCGUUGCAAGUCGGGCAGGCGGUCUUAUCGCUCCGGUGGUCAACAUGUUGGCUACGUACCACUGGUCCAUACCCAUCAUAAGCUUCAGUGGCCUCACACUGGUCAGUGGUAGUCUCUGCUUCCUUCUUCCUGAGACACGAGGAAUCGAGCUGCCAGAUUCAAUUGAUGAGGCUGAAAGCAUCAGGAACAAGAAGACAACCAACAAAGAGAAUAACUCAAAUAUUAUACAAAUGAAAUCUAGUAAACUGUAA